GGGCGCGGGCGCGCGAUGCCCAUCCACCCCGCGCAAAAACCGUGGGACGCGUCGCCGGGGACGCGCGAUCGCGCGGAGCGCGCGAUCGCGGUCGGGCGCGACCGCGCGAGCGCGAACGAGGCCCUGCGCGCGUCCGUCGCCGCGCUGCGAGCGCGCGGAGACGAGGUGCCGCGGCGCGCGAGCCCGCGCGCGUCGAUCGCGCCCCCCGCGCGCUCGCCGCGGACGCCGCGCGCGUCGUCGUCGUCGUCGUCGUCGCGGCAUCGCGAUCGCUAUCGCGCGCUCGGCCCGGGCGCGACGGAGAAGCUCCGCGCGCUCCGCGCGGUCCUGUCGUCGUCGUCGCCGCGCGACGGCGACGGCGACGACGACGACGACGACGACGACGACGACGACGAUCGGUUCCGGUUCCCGUCGUCGUCGACGCCGCCGCCGCCGUCGUCGCGCCCUCGCGCGUCCGCGGGCGGGUCCGUGUUCCGCCCCCCCGACGCGUCGCGCGUCGAGCGACUCGAGCGACUCGAGCGCGCGGGCGCGGGCGCGGGUCCGACGCCGCCUCUCGCGACAGCGCGACGACGCGCGGCGGCGGCGCCGCGCGCGUCGGCGCCGGCGCCGGCGGCGGCGGGGGGGCGCGCCCCCGCCGGAGGAUCGACGCGCCGCGCGGCCGCCGUCACGGCGGAGCGCGCGCUCGAGGAGGUUUUGAUCGACGCCACGCGCGUCGCGAGGGAGGCGGCGGACGCGAGGGCGAGGAUACGCGCGUUGGAGCGCGCGCUCGGCAUCGCGCGCGACGCCGUCGCGCGCGAUCGCGACGGCGGCGUUCGCGGCGGCGGCGGCGCCGCCGCCGACGUCUUUUCUUCGCGAGUGCAGGGCGGCUCGGGGCGCGCUCGCGGCUCCGGCUCCGGCUCCGGCUCCGGCCCUGGCUCCGCGCGCGUCGACGACGCGACCGCGCGCGAGCUCGCGACCGCGAUCGCGCACGCGCGCGCCAGAGAGAGAGAGAUGUUCCGCGUCGUCGAAGACGCCGCGAAGGCGUUGUCCGACGCCGAGCGCGACAGGCGCGUUCUGGUCACACUGGUUCCCAUACGACCGCGUCGGCGUGGUGAACGUCGACUUUCGACUCCGCUUCUGACGCGCCCCCGAACUCCACCCCGACGUCGCUUCGCGUGUGCAAACGCCCUCAGAGCCGCCGCCGCGAAUCGCGCGACGGAGAGCGAGCGGCGAGCGCGCGACGCGGAGCGGAGGUGCGAGGAGGAGGCCGCGAGGGCGGCCGCGCUGGAGCGCGAGCUCGCGACGCGCGUCGCGCGCGGCGGCGGCGGCGGCGGCGGCGGCGGACGCGACGAGGACGGCGUGAGAGGAGGGCGCGGUCUCGCCUUCGCGGCGUCUUCGGGCGCGGGCGCGGGCGCCGCGGCGGUGGGACGUCGACCGCCGCCCACGCCGAGCGCGGCGUACGCGACGCUCGCGAGGAAGCUCGCGGCGUCCGGGGGGGGAUCGUCGUCGUCGUCGGCGGCGGCGGCGCCCGGGCUCGUUCGCGCGCUCGACCGCGGGCGGUGGCCGGGUUGA